CGUGUAGAAGUGACAUUAUCAUCACUUGCAGAGUUGAAAUUCUCUUGAGGUCACUAGGUCGUUCUUCUUAUCAAGCGAGAGACAGGCACCGGAGUUUUUAGAGAGAGAUACCGAUGGACAGAGAGUGGGGCUCCAAGCCUGGCAGCGGAGGCGCCGCCUCCGCCCAGAACGAAGCCAUCGACCGCCGUGAGCGGCUGCGGAGACUCGCCCUAGAAACCAUCGAUCUCGCCAAAGAUCCCUAUUUCAUGCGAAAUCAUCUCGGAAGUUAUGAAUGCAAGCUUUGUCUGACAUUGCACAACAACGAGGGGAAUUAUUUGGCGCAUACACAAGGAAAGCGACACCAGACCAAUUUGGCUAAAAGAGCGGCUCGCGAGGCGAAGGACGCCCCUAUUCAGCCUCAACCUCACAAGCGAAAGGUCUAUCUGAAGAAGUCAGUCAAAAUUGGUAGGCCUGGUUAUCGGGUGACGAAACAAUUUGAUCCAGAGACAAAACAGAGGUCGCUUUUAUUCCAGAUUGAAUAUCCUGAGAUCGAAGAUAAUACAAAGCCGAGGCACCGCUUUAUGUCAUCCUAUGAGCAGAGGGUCCAUACGUUUGAUAAAAGAUACCAGUAUCUUCUGUUUGCAGCUGAACCGUAUGAGAUCAUUUCUUUCAAGGUUCCUAGCACAGAGAUCGACAAAUCCACUCCCAAGUUUUUCUCCCAUUGGGAUCCAGACUCGAAAAUGUUCACGUUGCAGUUGUACUUCAAAAUCAAGCCACCAGAGGCAAACAAACCGCAGCCCACCCCUUCAGCCAAUGGCUCAGCAGCUCCUUUGCCACCUCCGCCUCAAGCUCCACCGCCGCCACCCCCACCACCACAAGGACUCCCACCAGGAGCUCCAAUGGGAAAUCCUCCUAGAGCCCCGCCACCUCCUCCAAUGGCGAAUGGACCAAGGCCUAUGCCUCCAGGUGGGAAUCUACCUGCCCCUCCACCACCCACAGUUGGUAGUGGCUCAAUGGCAAACUUCACUCCUGGCACUCAGAUGGGAAGACCUCCAAUGCCACCUCCACUAGGUUUUCCAGGACCACAAGUGCAGGGCCAGGGAGCACGCCCACCCCCACCACCUCCGAGCAUGGGAUAAGAGGUUCUAUGCAGUGUCUUAGCACAUCAGUAGAUAUGAAUUGUAUCUAGACACAAUUUGACAUAAUCCACAAACCAGCUCAUCAUGUUGUUUAAAUUGGGAAAGAGGCCUCAGUGGUGAUUUAAGCAGUGGUUACACUUACUCAUAUGGAGAUUUGCAUCUCCAGUUAUGAUUCCUGUAUGGUUUUUUUAACUUUUUGGUCCAUGAAUCUACCAGAUAUGAAUAUGGUAAGGUGCUAAAAUCACAGAUGCCGAAAGAGAACUGUUGGUAUGCUGUCGAAUCUGUGUUAUAUAUAUCUAUAUAAUUUUGACAUUCCAUUUAA